CGGUCCUCAACGUAUUCCUCCGCGGGCGCCGUCGGCGAAGGGUCGGAUCCUUGGGUUCGGGUCAAGACACCGCAGCAAAAUGGAGGAGAUUCCAAAGGAACAAAUGGCAUUGCUGAAGAGGGCGUUCGACGCCUUCGACCGCGAGAAGAAGGGCUGCAUCAACACCUCCAUGGUGGGCAUGAUCCUCGACAUGCUCGGCUCCAAGCCCGACGACGAGACCCUGCAGGAGAUCAUCUUGGAGGUGGACGCCGACGGGUCGGGCGAGCUGGAGUUCGAGGAGUUCGUGACCUUGGCUUCGCGGUUCCUGGGCGAGGAGGAGGAGAACACCGAGGCCAUGCAGGACGAGCUGCGGGAGGCGUUCCGGCUCUACGACAAGGAAGGUAACGGCUACAUCACGACCGGAGUCCUGCGGGAGAUCCUGAAGGAGCUGGACGACAAGAUCACGGAGGAGGACCUGGACAUGAUGAUCGAGGAAAUAGACUCCGACGGCUCCGGCACCGUGGACUUUGACGAGUUCAUGGAGGUAAUGACUGGAGAAUAAAUUCCUGCCACACACCGGACAUGCAACAAAAACAUCACGCUAUAUCUUCUGGAGAGUGCUUGGAUAACAUAUUUUUAACGUAAACGUACUGAGCAUAAGCGAAUUAAAAUUUAAAUCAUUUAUACUUUUACUAUAAACAUUUCUAGCAGUGCCAAUUAUCAUGUUGGCUUUACUUUACACCAUUUUAAAUUACAACAAAAUAUAAUUAAUUUGAAAAGAAGAAUUUAACUCAAACGAAGAUUUCUUCUUAGUUUAAAAAAGCUCUAUCUUCGUGAAAACUACGCAUAUUUAAACUUCGAAGGUUGUAUAAUGUUUCUUUGUAAACAAAGACAAACACACAUUUGGACAAAAUAAGAGUGUUCUUACUGUAGACUUAACCAGUUUUUGAAUGUUUUGUUAAUAUACCAAGAAUAUUCUUUUGUUUCACGUUAAAAGUAAUUGAUCUCAGUGUCCAUAAAUUUACGAAGAUGGCCGUAAAUUUGCGAAGAUCCCUGAAUAAAUUGUAACGACCCUCCUUCAUAAAUUAAAGGUGAAAAUUAUUAACAGUAUAUAUAUUUUUUGAGAUUAAAAAAAAUAUGUCACUUGUAAUUCACUCCUAAGAUAAAUGAAAUUCAAUGUUUGGGACUUACUUACAACUACUCUACCAUUCAGACUUAGGGAAGAAGAAAUCAAGAACUGCCAAUGAAGAAAAGAUCGAAAUCAGCAGUAAACAAAAGUAAAGUGAAUCCAAUUUCCACGCGUUAUAUUUUAUUGCAUGCACUUUAUUUCAGUGGUGGCAGAGUCUUUGAGCCUUUUAAAUAUUUUAAAAAAUUGCAAUCUUUAGGAAAGUUAACAACAGCAAUAAUUUGCCAAAAAAUCGUUUUACCCUCGAACUUUGACCGGUGUGUGAAUUUUUUAGUUUGUAUUUUAUUGCGAGUUAUCUCGAACAGUGUUUUUUAAUGUAAGAUUUUUGGUAUCUGAUAUUCACCUACCAGAACAAUGACAUAAUUACCAAUAACGUAUUAUACACAUAAAGAGUGUGAAUUUUUAAACCAUUAUAAUAUUAUUUUCUCUAUAUUCAAUAAAAUUUUAAUAACCUUAUAACUUUUAUAUUAAAUGUUUAUUCCACUGGUCUCAGUAAGUUAUAAAUAAUUAGAAUUUAGAACAUUUUAAAUAUUUUUUGUAAACCAUUUGAGAAAACAUUAUAAACAAUAUAUUGU